AUGGCACCGGGCUCGCCACAGUCAUUUGGCUUCCCCCUUGUCAAGGAUGCUAGUCCGACCCAUGCGAGCCCAAGUAUGCAUGGCUCAAUUUCGGAGAGCGUACGUCGUCCAUCCAUAGCCACCCUGCCUCGUUCGAGCGCAGAAUUCAGCCGCUCUAGUGCAGAGUUCAGUCCGGGCGAGGUUGGCUCCUCGAACCAGGAAUUCUGGCGGCAUACAACCACAUUCAGGAUAAUGGUCAUAGGUUCUUUGAACUUUGACCAUAUUUGGGUUCUGCCUCGUCUGGUGCAACCAUCUGAGACCGUGAUUGCCGAGCAUAGGGCGGCUCCAGGCGGGAAGGGCGCCACUCAAGCUGUAGCCUGCGCAAGGCUCUCACGGGGUCGGAGUGUAAACAACAAUGCCUUUCGUCGACGAAGCUCCGGCAGCCAGGAAGUGAAAAAAUUCAUCAAAGUCAGUAUGAUUGGGGCCGUGGGGACGGAUCAUGCGGCAGACGAGAUGGUGGAAGCUCUGCAAGCGAACAAUGUGGAUACAGAAUAUAUCCUCCAAUGCCAGGGUGAGGCGACUGGGAGAGCGAGCAUUGCUAUAUGGGGAAAUGGCGAGAACAAUGUGCUGGUCUGUCCUGGUGCCAAUUACAGGCUUACCUUUGACAAAAUUGGCGUGAGUCUUCGCAAAGGUUGGCCACAUCUCCUCAUUUUGCAGAUGGAAAUCCCUGUUCAAACGGUGGAAGACCUUAUCGCGAGGGCGGCUAAGGAGGGGAUCCCGAUUUUGCUGAAUGCGGCACCAGUCAUGGACGAUUUUCCCCGAGAUAUUCUUCGCUCUGUGGAGCACCUCAUCGUCAACAAGGUCGAGGCCGAAAGGCUACUAGAGCGAUACCAACCAGCCAGCAAUACGUCAUGGCAACGACCAGCGCGAGAGGACGACAGAGAUGCGGAAAUAGGCAGUGGGACGGAAUUGCGCAGGUCGUUGCUUUCUAAAUUUGGCAUGAAGUUCGCCGUUGUCACCAUGGGUAGCCAUGGAGGAGUGGCGGGGUCAAGAGGAUACGACAACCAACUGCGCAUAUUUGAUUAUGAGGCGGCAGAGGUCGAAGAGGUUGUCGAUACAACGGGCUGUGGUGGUGUCUUUAUCGGGGCGUAUGCGGUCCAGUACAUCCGGCAGAAAUUCUCACAAGGAGGAGGAUUUGACCUUGCUCGAGCAGUGAAUUGGGCGGCCAGCGCAGCGGCCUUCAAGGCAAAGUCGAUUGGCUCUCUGGACGGAAUACCAUGGGAAGAUCAGCUUGAAGCAACCUGA